UUGAUUUUCAAGAUGGCAGCUUUCAGGAAGGACUCGCAUGAUGAUGAAGAUGAUUAUUGGUCAGGGAAGAGCAGGAAGAAAAUCAACAUUUUUUCUGAUGAUGUCAGUGUGGAACAAGCUGAUCAAAUGGCCAAGACCAAAGUUUUGUUGAAAGCAAAUGACUUUGAUGAGGAAACGGAUACCAUCAAUUGGGAUGGUUCUAACACAGCAGUAACAAGCACAACAAAACAAAGCCCAACAAAUCAAGCACCAGAUAUUACCUCCACAAAAAAGAGUUCCCAUGCUACCCAGCUAGUUCCUCCACAGUCUCCCAAUAUGUCCAAACUGCGGACUCCGACCCAUUCAAGGUCACGAAGUGUUACUUAUGGUAUCAACCCGACUGUGUCUGUACAGCCAGCCUCAGUAUCCAGUACAUACAGCAGGUCAACAGAGCGUCUCCCUAACUCCUCCUCCAACCUCAGUCUACAGGAUGUGGUGUCCAACAGUGCACCUAAAGCCCAGUCUUCCAAUGAUAGAGCAAAGAUGGCCGAGGAGAUUCGUUUCCUGCAGCGAUCACUGGAGAGAGCCAAGGAGUCUGGUACCACUAAGCUCUCUGUGAACGACACUGUCAGAUGUAUUAUAACAGGGGAGCCAUUCAAUUUGGAAGCAUACCGAUCAAGAGAGGAAAAGUUAGAGCUGUUGGAUAGAGCAAUUAAAACACAUGAUGGAAAUGCCAUCAUCACUAUCGUCCUUUUCCUGCAGAGAACCAUAAAACCUUCUAUAUUUAACCUCGAGCUACAGAAGAGGCCUGUGGCAGUGAAUCAUUACAUUAACUAUCUCAAGUAUCAUUAUGAUUUUGAGGCCCUUGUAGAUUUACUGGGAUUUCUGGGGAGAAGUGAAGAAGCUGCAAUGUUCAAAUACAAACAAGCUAUUAACACAAGUGAUCCUGGUGUUAAGAUCAGGAAUCUAAAAACCUGUCACAGAGCUCACUUUCUGUCUGAGCAGGGAAUGUCCCACAACACUACCAUGCUGGAGGAACACAUCUCCUUACUGGAACGACAACGACCCAUUGAGGAUGCUGAUGCCAGAGAUGAACAGGAGGGGAAGGUGAUGAUAUUUAAGACCUAUCCUCGGAAGUCUUCCAUUAUCAACAUGUCUGUGAUAACAACACUCUACUAUUGCUGUUUCUAUCACGCGGGACUCUCAGAGAAUUCCUUAGCCAGCCCAGCUGCUAUAAAAAGAGACUACAAGCUGACAGACAAGCAGUUCAUGUGGAUUGCCCUGAGUGCCAGAUCUAGACUAAAACAGUGGACUGGUAUCGAAGAGUUGUUUAUGACAAAGGGUUGGUUUGGAGGGACAAAGGCAAAAGCAGCUAUAGGAUUUGACCGAGUAUGUGAAGUGUUAUAUAAGACCAGCGCUCCGUUAGAUAUACUUUCAAAAUACCUCAGGAUGGUGGAUAAUACAGAUAAAAGAAUCACUCUUGCCAAAAAGUUUAAGUGCCAUGAUAUAGUAGUUGAUACAUAUGUUGCUAUGAAAGAUAGAGCGGAGCUGACUGAUUAUGCGAAGAAGUUGACUCCCCAUUCCAGAGAGGCAUACUAUGCACAAGAUGCAUUGAAGAGCUCUACCGUCAAGUGGAAGAACUAAGAUCCUGGCUGCACGACAGUGUUGUGCAGUGAAAAGCAGACUGUGAUAUGAAAACCUCUGUUUAGGACACUAUUUCUACUGUGAUUCACGAGGACACAUUCCUGAUACCCAUACAUUUCUUCUGUUAAUAUGUGUAAUUGGAUGAUUUGAUUUGCAAUAUUUCCUCUGAUUGGCCAAAUAAAUGUCUUGUUUCUGUUCUUGGUCAGCACUGUUACAUGUUUAUUGCUUUAAUAAUGAUUUUUAAUUCCAAGUUUAAAAUUGGAUCUGUAUGUUCACAAUGGUCAUAUCAUAAUGCCUGUAGCACUAAAGCCGAUUAAUUUCUGUGGACCAGCUUCACAUGAUAAAUUAAACAAUAGGUAUUUACAUUAUACAAUGUGUAUUUUGACAACAAGUGCAAGAUUGUAUCUCAUGAAAUUAUUGAAAGUGAUUAGUAAAUUGCAUAUAACCGUUUAUCAUGUUAUCGGCCUGUUAAGCAGUGAAAUCGCCAUGUAAUGAUUGUGACAUCAUAAUAUGAACAUUGAGGUUAAGUCAUGAAUAUUGAACAUGAUGCAACAAAAUGGCUGCCUCUGUUUGUUUUUGCCCUCCACAUUUUGACUUUAAAACCUGUCAAAAUGUAAUUUUUCUGAGUUAUGUGAUAAAAAAGUUCAUUUCAUAUGAGAUUUAGUAAAACAAGCUUUAGAUUUUUUUGUGAGCUUUUCAUAUUGUAAGAUCUCAUAGGAAGUGAAAACUCAUUGAAGAUCCUCUAUACAUUUCCCAGUAUCAACUGAAAUCAUAAUCCUAUUGUUACAAAGAACAAUAAACAGGAAGUGUUGGUGAUGUACAUUUACACAGUACUUAGUACAGCUAAUGAUUUCCAGCCUGUGGAGCUGGUUGAAUUCAAUCUCUAUUUUACUUUAUAGUACCUAUUCACAACUACCGUUACUGUUUAACUUGACAAAUUCAACUUUCUCUUUAAAAACGAAAAAGGGCAAAGUUCCUGUUUUGUGGGACAUAGAUUAGAAUUUGAUAACAGUUAUUUUUGCUGCUCAAAUCAUUCCAUUCACAUACAAAUCCAGCUUCCUGUGAAGUCGAUUUUUAUAGCUGUGUGCCAUAUACAUUGGUGGGUUUUGGCAAAAAAGUGCAUCAUAUUUGAAAUACUCGUUUUAUACUAUUAAUAUGCUAUUGUUAAUUUCUUUAUACUUUUUUACUUAUUGAUUCAUUUGUUUAUGUAUUUUUACACCCAUGGUGUUUGUUUAUGCAAUUAAGUAAGUUUGUGGCAAUUGUUUUGUUACACAGAGAUAUAUUUUAGUAGAAGGUAAGAUUCUUAUAUACAGUGCAUCCUAGUUUAUCCUUGUACUGACUACAACAGAGGGAAGGUUUACUAUCCUGACUUUUUUUAUACAACAAGGGGAAUUGUUCUUCUGGUUGAUACACAGUUAAACUUAGGAACUUCCUCUUUGGUCAUCAUUAUCUAGAUUUACCUGUCAAGUGUCCAGUGUUUGCCUGGAGGCUCCAUUUUGCUUUGAUAAAAUUGACUGUCCCAAGUACAAAAUUUUGGACUGAAAGUGGACAAUGAAACAGUGUGUUUUAUCAUUAAGAAAGAGUUGAUUACAAAUACACGGUGAUGUAUUAAGAUGUUUAAGCAGCAAAAUGAUUCAAUUUAGUAAGUAAACAUGGCCAAAAAUAUUGGGUUUGUGAAAGCUUUCCAAACUUAGAUGUCCAUUUCUAGUUUUGCCCCUUUGACAGGUAUAUGGAGACCUUUUCCAAUAUUGGAGGAUUACAUUUUGACAUAAAUGUAUUGUUUGCAUAAUUUUUUUUGAGUUUUGUCUUUGAUCAUGGUAUAAAUAACAUUUUUUUGGUGGUUUCCAUUGUAUGGUGUGUGCAAUUUCUACAGAAGAGCUAGCAUAAUUACUGUUCCAUCAUGGGCAGUGAGAUUAUCAGUGAAGUCCUAGGAAUAAGCAUUUUUUCAUACAGAUAAUUAAUGAUUAUUAUAAUGAUAAUUCAUCAUUACAUUUUUGUAGCUCACCAAGUGAGCUUGUGCUGUGUUACAGCGUCCUUCGCCUGCCAUCUGUGGUCCAUUCUUCAUCUAUCAUUGGGCCUGUACAUGUAGCAUGCUGGAGUGAAAGCUACCAAGUUUGUUCAAAUGUUUGAACUUGACCUGCAUUCAAGGCCACAGGGGUCAAAUAGACUGAAAUGUUUAAAUGACUUCUCAGAACCAAGAGCCCCAGAGACCUGAUAUUGGACUUGUAGCAUGUUUGGAUGAAGGUCUACAUAGUUUAGUGAAAGGAAUGACCUUGACCUGCAUUCAAGAUCAGAGGAGCCAGUGAUAUGUUGGGGAUGAAUGGCUGCCAACCUGGGGCAUUGAUAUUCAAAUGAAUGACCUUAAUAUAUUUUUAUUUCAUUAAAGUCAAAUAUAUUUAAAAAGAUGCUUUACCUUAAACCCACUUAUCGGAUUAAUGCCAGGUGAGCUAUACAGGUCCAUUGUGACUCUUGUUUGGAGAUUGAGUCAUAGUGGAUUCAAAGUGUCCCAAUGAAUUUAAUGGAUGUUGAAUAUAAUUGAUGUUCAUGUUGAUGAAUUGAAGUGUGUUUAUGAUUUUUGUAUUAUGCCUUUUUAUUUGUAAUGAGAAUCUAUACUCGUACGUAUAUUAAUGCUGUUUAUUUUUUAUUUAUUUUUUUUCUAAUAUGACGGCUAUCUAAUUACCAAACUAACGAAAAUAAAUUGCAGAUUUUUGAUAAUUUAUUUUCACUGAAAUUAUAUGUAAAUUUCCUUUCAUCCCUUACCGUAUAGAUAAAUUGUACUUUUAAAUAUAUAAGAAAGAGAUCAUUCAAUUCAAUAAAAUUUUGAAUUUAAUUUGACAAUAAACAUGUCGUUUAUGUUAAGCGGGUUGACUUUGAUGUGAUACAUAUACCUACUGAUGGUCGCUGUAAAAGGCUGCUUGUCAUUAUGUUGAUGUACAUGUUUCUUUACAAUUGUGUCGUUUAUCAGGGCAUUAAAUAUUUAUAUGUCAAUACAAAUAUUUUUUUGUAGUUUGAGGUUGUGACCUCAAUGUUAGGUAACUACAUACUGAACUACAUUGUAUGACGAGUUGCAGAAUUCUGGGUUGUAUAUGGGUUUGUGUCUGAGAGUAAAUAUUAAGGGAUGAUAGAGUGUGACAUCCAAUGUGAUAGGUUAACUUUUGUUGCACAUUUUUUUUUGUGUGUGGUUGGCUUGGGAUACUGAAACCUUUCAUUGGAAUAUAUUAAGAGGGUUUUUGAAACAGAAUGAUAAUACAAUAAAAGAUAUAACUUUAAAGUAUUGAUGUUGACAUGCUACAGCUUCUACCCGGCCUAUUUACUUUUCUACAAUAGCUACUUAUUAGCUACUUUCUGUUUGUUCUUAUCAGUUCACCAAGACAAUAAAACAAAAGCCAUUAAUAAAUGGAUAUACCCAUUGUGACAAUGGUUUUAUCUUGAAAAAUAUAUCUGAAAAUUUUCAACUGUUAUCUAUACAUGACGGAGAAAUGAGUUUUCCAUAGAGCCAUCAUUUCAAGUUGUAUUUAUUGAAUAGCUCACAAACACUGUGUAAAUGUGAAAAAAUAACUUUUGCAUUUGUUUUUAAAAACAACAAGAAUAUGUAUUUAUAUCCAGUCAUUUAUCUAAGAUUAUUAUACUUUAAGCCACAUGAAAUAAAAUGUUAAAAUGGCCAAAAAGA